AUGCUGGACUACAUGCAGUUCACUCUACUGGGUAUCAUCACUACUCUGUUCAGUGCGAAGGGUUAUCUCGAGCAAGGAGUGCAUUCUGAUAGAUUCAACUACAUCACAUCAAACAACACAUCUCCAAACCCCUUCAACAACAUCUACAACCCCUACAAUAUCUGCAACCACCACCGCAGGAACAUAUACAACGAAGACUCCAACAACACAUUUCACCCCUUCGACCUCAACCACAACCACUACCAAUGCAGCAUCCUCAACCACAACCACUCUAACAUCUAUCGCAACUCCAACAACCACUACGACCCCAGAUACAACGAUUCUAACAACAGCUACCACCCCUUCGACCUCAACCACAACCACUACCAAUGCAACAUCCUCAACCACAACCACUCCAACAUCUCUCGCAACUCCAACAACCACUAA